GCGUGUGGCUUACAGUAUAAAUACAGUGCCAGUGCUGCUGAAAAAGAUGAGCUUGGUCCUCCAUCUACUCAGUUCGAAUCAAGCAGUCUAUGCGAGGUUGGAGAGUCAUGCUGCAACAAGCUCUCAAAGUGUCCGGAAGGAGCGCAUCUCCUCUCCUCAAAUGGGUGGAACGGUGCGUUGAAGGUACCGCGGUUGGCACCGCCAGGCAGAGUGACACUCAUCAGCUGAGAACACUGGCUGAGAUGCCUGGACCGACCAUGUUCAGCUUCGCUUGGGACCUCUUCGGGAAACGCGGACUGUCUCGCCUUCAUGAACUCCAGCUGGAGGGGUACCAGCGCUACGGACCCAUGUGGAAGGCGAGCUUCGGGCCCAUCCUGACGGUGCACGUGGCCGAGCCGCACCUGAUCGAGCAGGUGCUGAGGCAGGAGGGCCAGCACCCCAUGAGGUCCGACCUGUCCUCCUGGAAGGACUACCGCAACCUCCGCGGCCAUGGCUACGGCCUGCUCACCGCCGAGGGGGAGGAGUGGCAGGCGGUGCGCAGCCUCCUGGGGAAGCAUACGUUGAGGCCCAAGGCGGUGGAGGCCUACGAUGGCACCCUGAACGGCGUGGUGACCGACCUGCUCCGCAAGCUCCGCCUACGCCGCCAGCAGCAUCCGCACGGCGUCGUCACCGACAUCUCCACCGAGUUCUACCGCUUUGGCCUCGAGGGUAUUUCCUCGGUGCUGUUUGAGUCCCGGCUCGGUUGCCUGGAGCCCGUGGUGCCCGAGGAGACGGAGCGCUUCAUCCAGUCCAUCAACACCAUGUUUGUCAUGACGCUGCUCACCAUGGCCAUGCCCCGAUGGAUGCACCAGCUCUUCCCCAAGCCCUGGGACACUUUCUGCCAGUGCUGGGACUACAUGUUCCAGUUUGCCAAAGGGCACAUCGAUGAGCGGCUGAAGACGGAGGCUGAGAAGGUGGCGCGGGGCGAAGAGAUCGAGGGUCGCUACCUGACGUAUUUCCUGUCCCGCACCAACAUGCCCAUGAAGUCCGUCUACAGCAACGUCACAGAGCUACUGCUGGCUGGAGUGGACACUAUCUCUGGCACAUUGUCCUGGUCGCUGUACGAGCUGGCGCGCCACCCUGAUAUCCAGGAGUCACUGAGGGCCGAGGUGAAGGCCGUGAUGGGUGACAGACUCAUCCCGGGGGCUGCAGAUGUGGCCCGUAUGCCCUUCCUCAAGGCUGUAGUGAAGGAGGUGCUCAGGCUCUAUCCAGUCAUUCCAGCAAAUGCCAGGGUUGUUCAUCGGGAUAUUAAAGUUGGAGACUACCUCCUUCCAAAAAAUACCUUGAUCACCCUCUGCCAGUUUGCCACGUCGCGGGACCCUGCUCAGUUCCCGGAGCCACACUCCUUCGUGCCCCAGCGCUGGCUCAACAGGGAUGAGGGCCACCACCCCUACGCCUCGCUUCCCUUCGGGGUGGGCAAGCGCAGCUGCAUCGGCCGGCGCAUUGCCGAACUGGAGCUGUACCUGGCCAUUGCCCGGAUUGUAACCCAAUUCGAGGUGAGGCCAGACCCAGAGGGCGGCGAGGUGCGGCCAAUGACCCGAACGCUGCUGGUGCCAGAGAGUGAGAUCAACCUGAUGUUCGUGGAACGCUGAGCUAAGGCCCUCGUGUUGGCCGACUUUCUCUCAUUGCCAACAAGAGAACGCCGCUUCGCUUCCAUGCGAACCACAAACAAAACAAAGAAGAAGGCCCAGUGCCCGAAGCGCCUCAGGUUGCCCCGGUGCAAGGUCUCCAGGGUAGACCAGCCCUGGUGAGACUUGUUACCAUAGCAACAUGAGCAAAAAAAGUUUGGGCUGGCCCAUAGUGUAAGAUUCCAGUUCCAGAAUGUGCGACACACAGUACAGUAGCGCAAGUCAAGACCCCGACACUAGUUCUCCCCAUUACAACAGUGGCACUGCUCCGUACUCCCAUCGUUGCUGCUCACAUGAGCGUUUUUUAUUUUCUUCUUGCUGUGUUAAGGUUAGGAUAGGCUGAUGUAACAACAGUUAGAAGUCCGUGGUUAGGCAGCGGCUGGCCACUCCAUCCUAGCUGGUAGAGGGAAACGGUUGUUGGAGCCAGUCCUGGCUGUUCUCAGGGGAGAUGCUCUACAGCAAGGCAUUCAACAUCAAGAUGUGCAAUCUCGUCUAUGUGAAGAAAUGCUGGAAACACUUAGUGCUGUUCAGAAGUAAUGAACAACCAGUAUAGAUGCAAAAUGCCACAUCAGAAAUCGAACGAUUUGACACUUUUUUUUGUUCUCCUUUGUAAACUGUGCCAUGUCUGGAAACAGGAAAGCACUUGACUAGGUUAAGACCUAACCAGAAUGAAAUACUUGAAAAGCAAAGACUAUGACCCUUAUGUGAUGUGUUGAGGAUUCAUGGGACAUGGUUGUUCCACUGUAUGAUGCGAACCUGUGACUUAAAACUGACGUCCAGAGAAAAAAAAUCUCAAAAAAUGUACGGUGACAUACUGUAAGUGAAUCUAUUCUAAUGGUGCUACAACUGUUCAUUGGCAGCAUGUCUGUGACGGUUCACUUAUUGUUUUAAUCAGAGGUGGAAGAAACACUGAAGUUGUGUACUUAAGUGUAAGUAGAAGUACCCUGCGAAAAAAUUACUCAAGUGAAAGUAAAAGUUGUACACCAAAAAUGUACUUAAGUAAAAGUCCUAAGUACUAAAAUUAACUUAAAUGUACUUUUUGAGUACAAAAGUACAAGUAGGCCUACUCGCACAAUGGCUGUCUUUCUCCAUGUCUGCCUACUUGAUCCAAUAGGAAAAUGUUUCUGCAACGGUUUUCGGUUCUAUUUGAACAUGACUAUGGAGUCCUGUUAAUGUUUUUUAAAGUAUCUUUUCUGUCUGGGUGUCAGUUUGGAAGAGGGGCUUGGUCCCGUCUCCCUUCCCGCAGCUGAGGCUACUCAAAUAUCCAUGAAACACAACAGGAAAACCUAGGAUAAAUGUAACUAGUAACUAAGUCUUCUUCUAGAAAUGUAAGGAGUAAAAAGUACAAGUAAUUGUCAAAAAAUGUAACUGAGUAAAAGUAAAAGUAUGCAUUUUUAUUUUUACUCAAGUAAAUACAAAUUCCCAAAAAAAUUACUCAAGUACAGUAACGAAGUAAAAAUACUUAGUUACGUUCAACCUCUGGUUUGUGUUGAUGUGUGCAAUUGACUCAUUGCCAAAACAGACUCAGAAUCAUGGAUUCAUCCAGUAGUUUGCUGUAUGUAGAUAUGAAGCCACUCAGAUGCAGCCAUAUACAGUACGUUGCCGUGAAUUGAAAGCCAUUCUCUGCUGUAAUGUAAUGUAAUGGCAUAAUAUAAUGUUGGUGCUGCUACUACUACAUACACUGAUGUUUUUAAACUGGUGCUAUACUGUACUAAAAAGUACAUGAACAGGUCAUUCAGCCAUUCAUCAUGGUGCUAAUGUAUGAUACAUCAGGGGGGUUUCCGUGGAUACCAUACACCAUAUGCAGCCCUGCAACGAGGGCCUCCGAGCUCCCAGGCUCCCACAUGAUUCUUAGCCUGUAGAUUUUGUAUAUCUCCGUGAGGAAAAUCAAACUUGAAAUGUUUGUGUUGAAUUUAGACCAAAAUUGUUUGCAUUAAACUGUGACCACAUACAUACAGCAUAUAUUUACUUAACAUAUGCCUCCUUGGUAACUGUAACAGAACACUACCAGCCACACACCAACACAUUAGAAGAUAUCACACAGCACGAGCUAACAUUGUUUCUGAUUAAUCAUAUUCCCCUGUGCUCAAAUUACAGUAUGUCAUGCUAUACUAUGUUAAAGUUAUACAUGUAUAUUUAUUAUCUUUUGUAAUGCUAAUAAAAAAAG